CCAAAAUUCAAAAUUCCACUUGAUUUUCUCUCAUAGCUUCACGUUUUGUAUGCAUCCAUAUGACAAUAUUUUCCUUUAGAACUGAUCACUUAUUUCACCGUAAUGGACGUGAAUGCAAAUACAACGAUUUGGCCUUUUGACAAUCCGAAGAUUACAAAUGCAAUUCUUGGGUAUCUGGAUUGCCGAAGUCUUAGAAUAGCUGAGAAUGUUUGUCUAAAAUGGAAGAAGGCUAUAUAUGAUGAACACCUGUGGGAGGAAGUUUAUAGAAGAAAUAUGCAGUUGCCAGAUUGGAAGAAAUUGGAGCAAGUCCUAAAACUAAGAAAUCCUGAUUUAUUUUUAUUCCCUUCUGAGCUUGAAAUUAACCAUUAUAAAGAAGCCUGCUGUCACAUAGAAGAUACAAUAAAGAAACUUGAGAGGAAUUGGGCAAGAGGAAUUUACACCAGCUCAAACUACCCAACAGAACUCACACCCCCAAAAAAGAGAACCAAUGAGCAUAUUUACUUUUCCAUGAACGAGAGCUUGAUAGUGAGUGUUUCGCCAACUGGUCGAAUCAGCACAAGAAACCGAUGGGCACCGGAAGAGGAACAUAUUGCUCAUCUGUUACCAAACAAAAACAUCCCAAUCGAUAAUUUUGACCUGCAUCCUAUGAUUGAGUCAGUUCAAUUUAAUGGCGAUACUUUUGCUGCAGUUGGCCUUGUCGACACUAGGAAGAUUUUAUUUUUAUUCAAUGCUAAAGAACAUUCAGAACCUCUUCUGUUACGAUGCUCAGCAUGGAGAGGGAUUGAAAAUACGGCUGCCGAUUCCCUUUACAAUUUUAAUCAAAAAAAUUGCAUUCGCUUGAAGGAUGACGUACUAGUGCUUUGUGGCAAGAAGCAAGCAGAUUCAUCAACGGUAGUCUCCGUGAUGAAUACGAGAACAAAGCAAUCAUUGUAUCAGAACCUGGAAAUCCCAAGUCGUGUUGGGCAACUGUCAGAUUUCACGCUUGACCACUGGCGGAUUAUCCUGUUCUUCGGAAGAAAAGAAAAUCCACGUUUAAAGCAAGUGGAUCGUUAUCUGUUACAGAUUCGUGACUUGGCUUCCUUUACGCUGCUCAAAUCCUUUGUACUGCCCGUUACUCGUUCCCGUGUCUGCCAUUUUGACUAUUCAAACGGAUUCGCUGUCACAGGAUCAGAUGACAGCCCUAUAAGGAUAUGGAAUGUGGCCAAUGGAACUUGCGAUGGGGACUUCUCCCAUGGCGGAGGCAGCCUUUUCGCCUUAAAAAUCAUCGCCGAUCGACUUAUAAUCACGUCCGACUACCAGGGCAUAAUCAAGUUAUGGAACUUGAAGGCAGCAACCGAUUUGGCCACCCGAAACAAUCCAUCUAGUCUGUUGCUACGAACGCUGGAUUCCCCACCAUCCCCAUACACGAAAUUUCGUAAAGUCAAAACGCUAGCCCUGCAAGCCGACGAAUUCCAGGUAGCGCUUAUUCUUCAACACGAUGCCAAACCCCCACAGCUCUAUUUAGUGGAUUUUUUAGCAAAUGUGCUUAAUGAUGGAGAACUCGAAAAGAAAACAAGACAAGUUCGCAAGCGCCGUCAGCUAUAACUGUAUUUAUUUCAUUCCAUCAAAUAGGACAGCAAUAAUCUUAGUUUUUCGGCUAUUUGUCUUUACUGAUAUUCAUUAAGAUUCAGAUGUGGAAUGUUCAUUCGCCAUGUUGUGAAUUGUGAUGUUAAGCAAAUUGUUGAUUUUCCUCCGGUUGAAUCGGUGCCUUUGUGUGUGUUUGAGUGACUCGUUUGGGUUCAAAUGCUCAUUCAUAUCGCUUUGUGGUUCAAGAAAGUAAAAUGACAGGGCAUCACCUGGAUUAUAACGUUUUGUAUAACCUUGAGUUACAUGUUAUAGACUUGCUGUGAAUAUUUAGAUUUGUUGUGCUCAUUUCAGACGGCUCUAGUCGGAACGUAAAGUGAAAAGUUGUUUGGUA